UAUAAAGCGCACUUAGUAGGCGUUACUUUAUGGUCUAAGUAGUGGACAAGUUUAGGGAGUAUGUAGCAAAUUGAGAUUAAACCAUUCAUAAAAGCAAGGCUCAGGGGAGUUGAAAAUGAGCACGCGAAAUGUGGCUCGUUUUUGGGAGUGUGGACGGAAGAUAAUCUGCGUGGGGCGGAAUUACGCAGAACACGCCAGAGAGCUGAAGAACGAGCUGCCCACGGAGCCCGUGCUGUUCCUGAAGCCGCCGACGGCGUACCUGAAGGAAGGCUCUCCGAUCUUGGUGCCGCACUACUCUUCCAAUCUGCACCAUGAAGUGGAGCUCGGUGUGGUGGUGGGUAAAGCAGGCAGAGAGAUCCCCCAGACCUCCGCCAUGGAGCACGUCGCCGGAUACGCGCUGUGCUUGGACAUGACCGCGCGAGACGUUCAGGACCAGUGCAAAGCCAAAGGACUGCCCUGGACUCUCGCCAAAGCCUUUGACACGUCCUGUCCCGUGAGCGACUUCAUCCCAAAAGAACGAAUCCCGGAUCCAGCAGGGGUCGAGCUGUGGCUCAAGGUGAACAGCGUGACUCGGCAGAGAGGCAGCACGGCGCAGAUGAUCUUCUCUGUGCCCUACUUGAUCAGCUACAUCAGCGGGGUCAUGGCGUUAGAGGAAGGGGAUCUCAUUCUGACCGGGACGCCCAAAGGAGUCGGAGCCGUGCACGAGCACGACGAGCUUCAGGCCGGUAUCGAUGGUGUCAUCAACAUGACAUUUAAAGUCGGCAGACGGGCUUCAGAACACAACUGACACAAGUUUUCAGUUGUUUUCGGGUUUAUCCCACAGAUCAUGUUAUGCAAAAUGACAACCCGGGUUCCAAAAAAAGUUGGGACGUUGUGUAAAAUGUAGCCUAAAUAAACACAGAAUGCAAGGGUUUGCAAAUCUUAUAAACCCACGUUAUUCACAACAGAACAGAAAACAGAUCAAAUGUUAAAAGUGAGGAAAUGUACUAUUUUAAGAAAAAAAAGAGAUGAUUUUGAAUUUGAUGGCUGCAACACGUCUCAAAAAAGUUGGAAAAGUAAAGUACAUUUUUAAAAGACCAUUCAUUUACAUUUUGCAGUGUCCCAACUUUUUUGGAAUCAGGGUUGCAUGUAAACAUACACUAAAUGGCUGAAUGUUUGUGGUCACCUGAUCAUCACAUCUAUACAGUGUGUUGUCAUGAAGUUGGAAGCACACAAUUGUAUAAGAUGACUUUGUAUGCUGUAGCAUUACAAUUUCCCUUCACUGAAACUAAACCUGUUCCAGCAUGACAGUGCCCCUGUGCACAAAGUGAACUCCAUGAAGACAUGGUUUGCCAAGGAUGAAGUGGAAGAACUCGAGUGUCCUGCACAGAACCCUGACCCCACUGAACACAUUUGGGAUGAGCUGGAACACCGAUCGCAGGAUAUUAUAACAGCAAAAUCUGGAACAGGAUGUUCAACAGUCACAUAUGAGUGUUAUGCUCAGGUGUCCACAAUCUUUUGGCCAUAUGGUGUGUCAUGGUGUAAACAUGCAAUCAAAAUAAAACCGUUAAAAAUGUA